CGCCAUCGUGGCAUCUCGCAGCGGCCGCCCCUGCAGAAGAUAUAAUUUUGCACAACAUCGAGGAAUUCUCCUGCAUGGACGGCUUGGGAGAGUGGAGGAAGAAAGAGGCAGAUGAUCUUGCAGAACUGGUACAGAAGAGGUUGCAUAGACUACAGAAUCCGACAAAUUGCGCAGAUGCUAAGAAGCUGGUGUGCAACGUGAACAAGGGAUGCGGGUACGGUUGCCAGGUGCACCAUCUCACCUACUGUCUCAUGAUCGCCUACGGAAGCCAACGCACACUGAUCCUCAACUCAAAAGGCUGGCGCUACAGUCACGAAGGCUGGGAGAAAGUAUUUCUACCGAUCAGCGACACAUGCACGUCAACGAUGGGUGGCAGCUCUGGACACUGGACAGACGAGGCCGGAAUGAAGAACCUGCAAAUUGUCGACCUGCCAAUCAUCGACAGCAUCAAGCCGCGGCCCGCCUACCUGCCACUCGCCAUCCCCGACGACCUCGCCGACCGACUGAUGCGUCUCCAUGGCAACCCGGCCGUCUGGUGGACGGGUCAGCUCGUGCGCUUCCUGACGCGGCCGCAGUCGGAGCUGCAGCGCGAUAUCGAUCAAGUGCGAGAGAAGCUGGGCUUCCUGUCUCCGAUUGUUGGCGUACACAUCCGGCGGACGGACAAGGUUGGUACGGAGGCUGCGCUGCACACUGUGCAGGAGUACAUGUACCACGUCGAGGACUACUACCAGAAGCUGGAGCUGAGGUGGCCUGUCAAGGUCAAGCGUGUCUACAUAGCGACCGACGAGCCGCGCGUGCUGUCCGAGGCUAGGAAAUUAUACCCAGGUUACACCUUUUUAGGCGAUGAGAGCGUAGCUAGAACGGCAUCACUAGGCCAGCGAUAUUCUGAUGCAUCUCUAAGGGGUAUCAUCUUAGAUAUCCAUUUUCUAUCACAAAGCGACUACCUUGUGUGCACAUUCUCGUCACAGGUCUGUCGGCUAGCCUACGAGAUGCUCAACACGAUCCACCCGGACGCAUCUGCGUGGUUCCGAUCGCUCGACGACAUCUACUACUUCGGCGGCCAGCACGCGCACAACCAGCGCGCCCUCUAUAAACACGAGAAGAGCAGCGUGCAGGAGAUCGACAUCAACGUCGGCGACGUCGUCGGCAUUGCCGGCAACCACUGGGACGGCUUCUCGAAGGGGCUGAACCGCAACACGGGCCAGCAGGGACUCUACCCGUCCUUCAAGGUCGAGGACAUCGUCGACAUCGUCAAGAUGCCGACGUACGAUGACGACGACGGCGGCGGCGGCGGCGGUGACGGUAGGGGGGAGUGAGUCACGCGGAGGUUUGGUGGCCGCGCCUAACUGCGGGGGUGUUCGUCCACCAGAGGGCGCGCCUAACCGCGUGGGUGUUCGUCCACUGGAGGGCGCUGCCGACGGAGCGUGGGGGUCGCUCCCCACCGCGGGAGGUGUUCGUCCACCGCAGGGCGCUGCCGACGGAGCGGGGGGGUCGUCCCCACCGCGGGGGGUGUUCGUCCACCGCAGGGCACUGCCGACGGAGCGUGGGGGUCGCUCCCCACCGCGGGAGGUGUUCGUCCACCAGAGGGCGCCGCUGACGGGGCGUGGGGGUCGCUCCCCAC